AUGGCCUCAAAACACCCGUUAAGGCGGUCGUGCGCCUUCUGCCGAGCUCGCAAGAUCAAGUGCUCCAACGAGACCAUCUGCGAAGCAUGUCGGAGGCAAGGGGCAGACUGCAUCUACGAUUUUGAGCCACCCCGCCCCAAGGCCCGUACAAUCAGCCAAGACGGCUCUAGAUCAGAUCUCACUGGGUCUACCGGGUCAACAGGCAUCAACAGACAGCGCUCGUCAACGACAGGCUCGCCAGCUGGCAGCCCUGUUGGCACCGUUCCCGAGGAGACCACCCCCGUGGAGGAUGGUGAUAACGUUGCUCGAGCUCUUGAGCAAAAGUUCUACGAGAACUUCUCUACAGAUGUCGGCCCCCGCUCCAAUCCCUGGCAGGAGAGGAUAUCGGCUUACCACCGGUCCAUCCAACACUCCGCCCGGGGCCGCAACGAGAGUCUUUCGGCAAAGUUCAACCCCAAGAAUGUCAAGUACACAGGCAUCCUUUCUCUCCUGACGCACGACCUGGUCGGGCUAGUCACGGAGCAGUUCGGCUCCCUUGGAUGCCACCACGUCGAAGAUGGGGGCGCCAGGUUCUUCCUGUCUGGUCUUAUUGGCGACGAAACGCAAACCAUGUUCGACAAUGUUCCCUUGGGAGGCAACCCCCUUUCAGAGUACGGACAACGUCAACAGACACAGCUCAUCGACGUGUGGUUUUCGGUGCAUCCCCUGUCUUUCUUAGUCUCCAAGACGUUGCUGCUUAGGGAGCUGCGAGACGGCACCCACGACGAGAUUCUUUUGGCAACCAUGCUCGCAGACGCCAACUUCAGCAUCGGUGACGAAGUUGCCGUCGCUCGCGGCCACGUUCUACUGCGGUGGGCUACCGCCCAGCUCCGAACCCGGUCCCUCCGAUCCAAUCAGCCCUCUCCCACCAGCGGUGUCGCAGCGGACCCGAGUCGCAUGUACAGCGGUAUCUCGACCAGGAUAUUCAGCGGCAUCUCGACAGCCCAGGCGCUCAUGCUUCUGGGAUGGAAUGCGUUAUGCUCUUUCCAAAUUCGUCGGGCUACAUGCUACAUUGGCCUGGCGGGUAGGAUCGCCACCGAGAUCAAGGAACAGAUAUCGAGCACGGCCGCGCCUUUGACAUCUAGCCGCAUCAACGGGAUCGACGUCUUCGAUGUGGAGAAGGAAAUCGUCGCUUACCUGUACUGGACCACCUACUCUCUAAGCCUAUGGGCUUUCAUCCAGAUGGGCAACGGGCACUUUCCUGCCUUGCUCCCAACGUCGCUGACGUCCAUCUUCCUCCCUGUCACAGAGGCCUCAUCAGCUAUUAUCCAGCUCGAUCUGGUGUCGGAAAACUUCAGCACUCUCCAAAAACAAAAGGCAGUUAUCCGAGAGAUGUGGCCGUUGGCCCAUAUUGUGAGCGUCAUCGCCUACAUUUUCGCACUGUAUCCUCAAGAUUCGGAUAACACCGAGUCGCCGGCCACACGGUUCUGGCAAGAGGCGCCGCUGCUGGCUUUGCAGAGGAUUCAGCAAGGCAAGCCGACUCAGGACAUUGCGUGUGUCUGCCGCGAGAUCAACAGAGUCCUGAUGGAGAGUAUUCACAUUCUCAACAGGCAAGUGACUGAGGUGUCGUCACGGAGUCUUGUUCUGCUUGUCUACCACACAAUGGCCAUUCACUUCCUCUUCCCCAUCAUACCGCAGGGCAGCGUUGAUGAACCCAUGACCCCGGAGGUUCUUGAGAGGUUCCUGGGAUCUGCUCAGGAGAUUCUGCAGAUAUUUUCCCUCGUCUCCGACCAGCCGCAGGAUCUGUUCAGCAUCACACCCUCACUCCGUUCGUCAUUCCCGGACGUCUUUUGCCUGGCCAUGGACACAUGCGCCCGGGCAAUGACGCUCAUCGACAAGAAGAAGCGGACCGGCGGGCUCCUUGUGGACCUGCCCACAAUGCACGCAUACGAUGGGCGGUUGCAGCUCUUAGCGACGAGGCUAUACGCCACCUGCCAAAACGACUUCCUCAACCAGGGUCGCUCCUUGCGCCAGGUGCGCAAGCACCUGCGAUCAUGUGUCAGGAUUUACGGAGGAGGCGGCUCCCGAUCUGGGUCUAGCUCGUCCAGCUCUGGGUCUUCGGGUGUGCCGUCACCCAUGCACCACCACAGUCCACCACCCAUGAUGCAGGCGUCGUCUUCGUCCGACUCGGACGCCAUGUCAACGGCCACAACUGCCGUUCUGGGCUCGUCGGCGUCCUCCUUUGUCUCGCCAAUGGACACGACAGUGCCGCCAGCCUUGCAGUCGUCCCUGCCGUCGUCGGAGUCGUCGGGGCGCAGCAGCGGCUCAACCAACCCGUUCAGCCCCAUUGACGAGAUGCACAAGCCCGAGUGGCACUCUGCAGACGAGCUCUUCCACACCGUCCUUGACCCGAGUGCUCUAGGCAACGGCGCCGGCGACCACCUCAGCGUGUCUGACUUGGUCGACAUGCAGAACGCAUGGUACCCGCAGGUGCCCAACGUCAUGGACUUUGACAUUGCUGGUCCCAUGGCGGGUGUGCAGUGGGACUGGCCCGAGGUUGGGGGCGGCGUGGACGCAACAACUACGACGGCGGCCGCGGCAUCUGACAUGGAGUCAGUGCUGUAUUACUUUGAGAAUGGCCACAACAAGCGACCCUGCUGA